CGUCAAUUGGAAAUCUAUGGUAAAUCUACCAAAUAACCUACCGUCUACAGUUUUAUGUUUAAGUUUUAAGAUCAAAAAUAUAAUGGCCUUAAACAGGCUUUUUUCUAACUUAACCAUCGCUACUGCGAUGGUGGCGAGACGAAAUCUUCACGUUGGUGUUGUUCAUUCUGCGAGUAAACCCAAUAUAGAAAAGCCGAAACCUGGUUUCGGAAAAAGUUACAGGCGUAUUGUACAUUUUCCUGAACAAUAUACAGUAAAACCUUUAGAAGUUACAAAUCUAGCUGGAAGGGAUCCAGAAACAGGACGUGUGGUCGCUAAAGGUAUCGGAGGAGGUAUAAAACACAAAUAUCACUGGAUAGACUGGUACAGAGUUGGGCCUACUGAGGGUCCACCACAAGAAGAAAAAGUUAUACAGAUUAUAGAAGAUGGAUGCAGAACUGCGCAUGUAGCUUUAGUGGCAGUUGGUGACAAGUUAAAAUAUAUUUUAGCCACCGAGAACAUGAAAGCUGGGGAUAUAAUCAAAACAUCCUGUAAACUUCCGAGAAUACCAGUUCGUGCAAACGAAGGCGAUGCUUACGUACUAGGAGCUUUACCUAUAGGAACGCUAGUGCACUGCGUCGAGAAAGAACCUGGUCAAGGCGGUCUGUACAUACACGCGGCAGGCACGUCUGGGACCAUCGUGAGGAAACAAGACGACAGAGUGAUCGUUCAGAUGCCUUCCAAAAGACUAUUUAGUUUCAAUCAGCUUUGUAUGGCCGUUGUUGGUCGUCUGUCCAACGUUCUUCAUGGCAGCACACCCAUAGGGUCCCCUCAGCGGAACAGGUGGCUCGGGAACCGGCCUCGCUCAGGUCUGUGGCAGCGGAAGUCUGGUCGUCACGGAAGAAAGAUCAAACCCCCAAAACCUGUCAAACAAAUCUGCAAUCCGACGAGCACCAAAUUGCCGCCCAUAAUACUAAAUAUGACCCCAUAAUUUUAGUAAAUUGUUGUUGU